AUGGGGGCAAAACAGAGCAGCCCAGCUGCUAAUGGUCGAACCAGGGCUUACUCGGGCUCGGAUCUGCCGUCGAGCACCUCCACUAGUAACGGCAAUGGCAGAACUGCAGCAAUGGCAAUGAGAUUCCACGCAUAUGGUGCCUCAGCUCAUUGGGCCUCGGGAGCCACAUCGACUGCGGCUCAGCAUGUUGGCCCCAGGGCAAGAUCGGUGGGGGGUAGUGGAGGUGGAUCAGAAAUCAGGCCUCAGUCGGGUAUCAACAUCCCCAAUAAUAGUGGGGCUUACAGCUCCCAUGGGUCCGGCAGCAGUACCCCAGAAGAACCCGCUGGAGACAUGGACAGGUCACGUGGAGGUCAGGGGGCUCCCCGGCUCUUGAUUGGUUCACUCCCAGCACACCUUUCACCUCAUCUCUUUGGAGGUUUCAAGUGCCCUGUUUGUUCCAAGUUUGUGUCCUCAGAUGAAAUGGACCUGCACCUGGUCAUGUGCUUAACCAAACCACGGGUGACCUACAAUGAGGAUGUACUGUCAAAGGAUGCUGGGGAAUGUGCAAUAUGCCUGGAGGACCUGGUGCAGGGAGACACCAUUGCACGUCUGCCCUGCCUUUGCAUCUACCACAAGGGUUGUAUAGACGAGUGGUUUGAGGUGAACAGAUCAUGUCCAGAACAUCCCUCGGACUGAGGAGCUUCUUUCAUUUUUGCACAGGUGUCUAUCCUUCUUGUUGUGGAAGAUGGUCUGCUCCACUAACAGAAAGGAAUGUGAAAUCCCUCUCCAGGCCAUAAGCAAAGAGAUGGUUCUGGUCACUGCUUGGUUGGAAGGAAUCUAUAUCAAACUGAAGGACAUGGAUCUCAUUUCAUCUUUGGGGGGACAACAAGCAAUAAAUUUUCUUCUGAAUUUUUUCUGAAGGGGGGUGGGGCACAAUCAGUACCACCCAAUGCAGCAUGCUAAUAUUUCGGGGGACCAUUUGGUGUUUACCCAUAGAUGUGUGGGACCCCCCUGGGAUCCAUGUCCAUGAUCAAACCCCAUCCCCUAUCCCCCAACCCCGACCCGUCUCCUCUCUCGCUUUCCCUUACCCCUCACCAAACCUCAGUUCUGAAAGCCUGCUGCCAAAAGCCCUUGGGUAUGCCAAAACUCAUUGAAGCAAUCUUCAGGGAAUUACCUUUGUAUAUUUGUCCAUUCCUUUUGCAUACAAUCUCUCUCAAAAUCAAGUGUCGGUGGUUUCCAUUGCACUUAAGCCAUAUUGUCCAAGUAACCUUCAAUACUCUCCCCAGUCCACAUGCCCUGUUGUGCAAGAUUUUGGCAUGACCCCUGGCUUUCAAACAUUCUUCCAGUUCUUCAUGGACAAGCAGCCUUUAUCACUGCUUCAGGACGAGACCCAACUCUGCUGCACAACUGUGCAAUCAGGAAAUGAUGCUAAUGGACUAUCCCCACCCAUGAUUCGAUCACAUCCUGCCCCUUUCCUCUUAACACCUCCUAAAAACCCCUGACACUCCCAUACAGUGUCCACACUUGCUACACUGUGCUCUGACAAAGGGAUAUGGACCCACUCUCUCUGUUGUCUUGCUAUUGCACAACAGAUCCAAACCCCAACUGUACACCGGGACUCUUGGGCAAGGAAUGUGCCGCCACUUAAAUCUCAUUAUUGCCAACUGUGUCUACCAGUGCCUUCACAGUCCAAUAAAAAGGGCCUGUCCCAGCAGUCUGCUAUACGACAGAGAUUGGGUGACCAGCAAGCAGUCUGUGAUUGUGAUGUCACUGCUGAAUAUGCCUAAGAGCAGCAUUCUAGAAAAAUACACGCACCCCCCCAAACUAUAGAGUGCCCAUUGAUCCACCAGUGUGAAAGCGAAGUGGAAACAGUGUUACUCCUUCGCGUACCCUUUUCACAACACUAUUACAAUUUUUCAUGAAAGCAUGGCAGUGCCCCAAAACAAUAUAUCUGAGGCAAAAGCUGAUGCUUUUUGUAAAUGUGGACUGUGUCCUACAUCCUUGGAGAGUGUAGCAGUAUCAGUUUGGGAUAUGAACCUUGGUGGAUCUUAAACAAAACCCAGGGAAAAGUACAGGGGAUCUGUGUACAUAUUCUAGCCUUUGCAGGCCUCACCUCAUCAUGUAUCUUAUUAUUCUUCUCAUUAUCAUCAUUAUCAUUAAUGAUGAGGCUAAUUUUGCAAGAUGACCUUCAUAUAUCAUAUCACAAAACAUUAAUCAUGUUGUGAAAGGUAGAUCAGUGAUAUUCGAUAAUGAUUUUCUUACAAAUUUUGACCUUAGGUUUAUAAAGUUCCCAGCAUCUACUAGCUUCCCACAGUCCCUUCAACAGCAACCAAAUCCAUAAGUCCAUAAAUGUGAAAUUUGCCAUGGCCUGUUGAAAAUGAGAUUUCUGUGAAAUGCUAAUUAGGUUUGUAUUUGAGGGGGAAAAUUUGUUCAUUUUAUGAUGGAAAUAUUAUAGCUCUGUGGGACCAAGAGCUUUCUUUUUUGCUUGCUCUAAUUUUGGUUCUUGUAACACGUUUCACCACAUUUCAAGUGCCCUCCCUGUACCCAAAUAAUGAAGAGGCCUUGAAAAAUGCCUUUAAAUGUCAUUAAAGGGUUUGACAGCUUUUGAAAACAUGCUGCUAAAUAUUGUACUGAAGCACAUGAUAUGUUAUGAUGAGGGCUUUUUCAAUCAGUUUCUUCUAAUCAGUUGCGAGAAGAAAGAAAAGAGAAAACCAAGAGGGUGGUUUUUGAAAAGGUGGUUUCCAGUAUUGAUACUGCACUACACAGAAGGGACUUGUGACCAGUCACAGGACAUACAGACAAGCCCUGAUAAACUGUGGUAUUUUAACAAGUGCCAGUGUGGCUUUUCAAUAUGCUGCUAUUGUCAACUUCCGAAAGCCAUUUCAGAUACAAUAUUAUAAAAACAAAUUAAUGGAAUGUUGUUUUGCCCUUACUCAGCAUCCACUCCCAUUUUUGACAUUGUUGGUUUAGGUAAAGAAAAAUACUUUUUGGUUUAGGUAAAGAAAAAAACCAACAGCUUUUCUCCUUGUCUAAAUUACUUUGGCCCCUCUAUACCUUGAGGUCAGGAAAUAUCUUAAGUUCCCUAUGAUACAACAGCAUCUGCUUCAUUAGAGGAUCCAGCAGCUACUGCUCCCACAGCUGUGACUGAAUGGGGUUGGAUACUAUCUGCACUGGACUAAUAGUGGAUCAGUGGAGGGCUAUGGAUACAAAUUUGAGCCUUGCUUACCAGCUGCGUGCCAAGCCUGUUUCUUCUAGCCAGUCAUACGUGCGCCUGGCAACCUGCCUGGCAACAACCAUGAUAACAACUUGAGAUAAGUGUCCAUGCACUGUGGGCUGGCACAUUGCCACAUUGUUGUUAUGUAAUUAUAAACUCAACUGAGUGGUGAAUCAACCAGAAUUUUUGAUCAGCCUGCCUUUAUAAAUGGUAUUUUUCCCAAUUUAUAAAACCUGCCAUACUGUCAGGCUGCCAAGCAAAUCUAUAUCACCUCCUGACUGGUCUGUCCAGUCAGCUAGAGCCUUCUGAGCUACAGCUGAGCUAAUCAGCUAAGCACAUUUACUGGGUUUAAUGAAGUGUUAAAAUAUAUAUUUAUGCCAGCAAGAAUGUACCUUUUCUCUUUCAUGGUUUGCAAUUUUGGUGUAAAUGCAUGUAAAUAUAUUUGCUGCACCUGAGCCUGUAUCAGUCUAAUUUGAAAACUUUGAAAACACCUACUUUGACAACACACAACUAGAUUUGCUUAGCAGUCAUUAAGUCAGCGUGUUUUUUUUUUUUUGUUUUUUUUGAUACUGGGAGCCCAUGCUAAUCAGGAAUUCACAGGCGGGGCUAUGUUUGACAUGGCUUAGUACUUAUUACAAUGGAAGUGAGUUAAAAGAGCUGUGUACUUUGGAGAAGGACUUGCUACUUCAAAGUAACUGAGCGUGUGAAGCUAUAGAGACAAGAGCAAGUGCAUCUGUUUGAAUGCUGCCCGGGGUACUUCUGUGACAAGCUGAGAGCACAUACCUUGAUCAUGAACUUUUUAAUAAUUUUGCUGUGUGUUGUUACAUUCCAUUUAUGUGCAAAACAAGUAUGUACAGAAAUGUGAAAUUAACAGAGUAAAAUCUUUUAAAGCA